UUCAGCGAAAGCGAGGACGGGGCGAAGGGCUUGUUGCUGCUGCUGCUCCUCCCCAAACCCAUCUCGCUGCAUUGGGAGGAAAAGAAAGACAACGAAGGAGACUCCCUCUCUUUGCAUUUGAGCGCGAAGUAAAGUCGGAGGCCUAGAGCUGGGAAAGUAAAAGAACAAAGCUGCAAACUGCUACAUUUGACUUCUUGCGCGCCCGUUCCCCGCGUAGCGUCGUCGAGUGGAGUUCCCGCUCGCUUUUGAGAGAGACACGCCGUCGCCAUGCGCCUCCACUCCCGGACGCAGCUUCUCCUGGGUCUUGCCCAGCUGCAAGCGUGCGUCUAUUGGAGCUGCCUGCUGUGGCUGCCGGCGGGCGGGCUACCCCCGAGGAAUCCACCGCCACCCCCUCCCGCCAUGUGGAGACAGCGGAUUCAAUGGGAGAACAAAGGGCAGGUGUACAGCCUCCUCAGCGUCGGCUCCCAGUAUCAACCCGCGCGGCGCAGGCACAGCGAGGAGCCCGCGCAAAGCGGCCACGUUCUGCUCCUCCGGGGCAACGCCACUUCUCCUCGCAGGGCGCCGGGCAGCGCCGCAGGCGGAGGCGCUACUGCCACCAGGAAGCCAGAGGCACAGUACUGGUUCCAAGCCGGCUACCAACAGCCGUCCAGCAGAAAUGGCACGGACGGAGGCCGCAGGGCUGAAGGCGGCGCCAGCUCCCAAGACCGAGGCCAAGGGAGCCCCGUCGAGAGCGCCACCGCCAGGACCGGCAACGGGACUGGAUUUUCUCUAAGCAAUCUCCAGCAGCCGCCCCGCGAAGACAUCAUGGUGGGGGACGACCCGUACAACCCGUACAAGUACACGGACGACAACCCUUAUUACAACUACUAUGAUACCUACGAGCGGCCCCGACAGGGUAGCCGCUAUCGGCCGGGGUACGGCACCGGUUACUUCCAAUACGGAUUGCCUGAUUUAGUGGCAGAUCCCUAUUACAUUCAAGCAUCCACUUACGUCCAAAAGACAUCCAUGUACAACCUGAGGUGUGCUGCUGAAGAGAAUUGCCUAGCUAGCUCAGCUUACAGGUCUGAUGUUAGAGACUAUGAUAACCGAGUACUUCUGAGAUUUCCGCAGAGAGUGAAAAAUCAAGGUACAUCAGAUUUCUUACCAAGCCGACCACGAUACUCAUGGGAGUGGCACAGCUGUCAUCAACAUUAUCACAGUAUGGAUGAAUUCAGUCAUUAUGACUUACUUGAAGCAAACUCACAGAGGAGAGUAGCUGAAGGACACAAAGCAAGUUUUUGUCUUGAAGAUACUUCUUGUGACUAUGGAUACUACAGGCGAUAUGCAUGUACAGCCCAUACACAGGGGCUAAGUCCUGGUUGUUACGAUACCUACAACGCUGAUAUAGACUGCCAGUGGAUUGAUAUUACAGAUGUUAAACCUGGAAAUUACAUUUUAAAGGUUAGUGUAAACCCUAGUUACUUGGUACCAGAAUCAGACUAUUCCAACAACAUCGUACGUUGUGAUAUCCGUUAUACAGGCCAUCACGCGUAUGCCUCUGGGUGUACAAUUUCACCAUACUAAGAUGAAAGAAAAUCGAUUUACUGAUACCCAAGGUUUGGAGACGCAAUUAUUUUAUAAACUGAAUAGGAUGUAAACACUUUUGAAAACUGAAAAAAGGACCAGAAUAUAUACAAAGAAUUUUAGUCUGACUCUGAAGCAUUAAGAACUUCUUCAGAAUGAAUUGCUUAUUCAACUAUUCAGCUUUUGAAAGCAGUGAGACAAUGGUGCUUUAUAGAAAGAAUAUUAAAUUCUACAGGAAGUUAACCCAUUUAUAUUAAUAUCUUUCCCAUUGACUAUUGGAAAUCAGAACAAUAUUUGAAAGUGCUUUUUAGAUAUGUAAAGGGUGCAAACAUAGGCAGAUAUCCAAAAAGCUGCUUUUAAUUUUAUUGGAUGGUUCAUGCAUGUCUAAUGGGAGUUUAAACAUUUAUGUUUAAAUAGCAGGUCCAUCCCUUCACAGUAUUAUGAAACUCUUCUAACAUCUUCCUUUUUGGGAUAUUUCUUGUUAUAUGACAAGGGUCAGUGGUACUAGUGCCCAAAGCCUCUGGGAUUAUAGAAUAAUUUCACAGCUCUUUGAUAUGCAGUCAUGCAAUACUGAUUAUGAAGAGUACAGGGAAGGAUCUGUAGUCAUGAGACAAACCCUGGUAGGGAAGAUGCAGCUUCCACAAAUACUAAAAACUUAUUUUUUUUGUCUAGUGGAUACAAAAGUAUGUAUGCUUCAUUUUAAAGGACAGAUUUAUGCUUAAACACCUGAUUGCAUACAAAAUGAUUCUAUUUUUAAAAGCAUUAGCAGGCAAAUAACCUUAAACCAAAAGUAUAUCAGUAUUUUAAUACAUAGAAUAAUGAAACAUCAGAGUUGCCUAUUUCCUGUGCUUCCUCCAGACUGCUUUGCAUUUUCAUUUUUUUCCCCUUCCCUGAAGCUGGAAAGAGUUUCAAUUAAAGAUGUUGGAAAGAUUUUGAAUUACAGAUGUUUAGAAACCACUUCCCAUGAAUAGGACUUGGAUAACAGAUUGAAAAUGAUAUAUACUCACCAGGAAAACAAAAAAACAGGGCUGAGUUCAUAAGCUUGAUGCUUUGUGUCAUGUUCCAUUAUAAAAUCUACAGUUCCUAGCUACAUUUAAAAAAAUAAAAAGUGAGCUACAUUCAGGUGAAGUCAUAAAAUGAGCCUUAACAUACUGACUUGACUGAAAAGGAUUUAUGUACAUGAACAUACAAAAAACUGUUCUUUUAAAGCGUUUGUUUAGAAAAUCAAACUGAACGAUUGUAUACACACACACAUAGAUGUGCUCAAAUAAACAUGUAUUCAGGCCCAUAAACACCUGCAUUAGCCAGGUAUUAUGCAAACUAGGAAAUCAAUUCAUAGUUCAAAUUUUGUACUUGGGAUAUUAAACCAAACCAAAUUACAACCCCAGUGAAUUGUACUAAGCAGUAGUUCAACUUAUCAGUAAAAUAGGGUUGGAUUUUAUAUCUGAAAUGGAUAUACAAAUCCUCAUUUGCUGAAACAGCUUGACACAGAAUUCCUAAAUUGUGAUGUGCAUUCCGUUACAUAUGACACACAACACUUGAAAUAUAUGAAAUAAUUUUUAAUAAUUCUUUUGUGGAAAGAUUUUAUAAUUUGGAUCCCAAAUAUUUGGAUGCCUUUUAACUCUCAUUGUCCUUUUGUCUAUGGUGAAAUCCAACAUCAUACAUUCCCUUCCAUUGUAGAGCAAAUUUCCCAAAAUCUGCUCUCGAGCACCUAGGCGCUGCAUUGUCAAAAGUAAGCAAUUUACUUUCAUCCAAUGAGCACUAUAAUUUGUCCCAUACAUUUAGAUUAAGCAUUUAUUCUGGUAGUUCAAGCAACGUGCCCACAAGUCUGUGUGGCCAAAAUCACAAGACCUGAUCCUUCCUUUCCUUGUCAAGGCCUCCUUAUCUUUUGAUCAGUGUUGAACCACCACUCCUGAUCAUAUUUCCAAUCACACAUUAACAUAUCUUGCACUAUUAUGUCUACCACUUGAAUUGUUUAUAUCUAAGCUCCGGUUGUACAAAAAACUAAAUUUUUGUAGCAAGGAACUGUAACUGGUAUUGAGAUGUCAGUAACUACUGAGAGGAGCAGCCCCUCAGGAAAGUUGCUGGCCUUCACUGUAGCAAUUUAAGAGAGAUAGUUGGCCUGACAGUUGAGUAACUUUGCAAUAUAGGAUCACAAUCUAAAAGAUGCAAUUUUUUUUGUUACCGUAAAACCAUAUUUUCAUGUAUAAACAUUAUAGAGUAUGUUAUUUAUUAUGUGAACAGAAACAGUUGGUAUGUGUAGAAUCCAGUCUAAGGCAAGUUGUUUUUACCAAGGCCCUCUGAAUAGAAAAGGAUACUAAUUUGUGAAGGAUCCUGUAAUUUAUAGAAUUUUUGUUGGCCCUAAAUCAUAAAGUAGAAUUUCUAAAUUCUAAGGAAUAUCUCUUUCUUACCAACUUGGCUGCUCAACUGGAAGAAAUAUUGAACAAUGGCGAAGAUCACAGGAGUGUUCUACACUGUAAGGCUGACCCAUAUAUUUGGCUUUUAUUAAAAACAAAAACCUUUGCUGUGCCAAAUAUUACAUGAUGCAUGAUUACAUUAAGAGUUUUUUUUUUUAAUGACAAACCAAUAAUGGAAAUUUCAAAAUCAGCCUUUCUAUACAUUCCUAUCAUUUCAAGCUGGAUAUAACUGAAGUACUAUAUUCAUUUCAUUGAAAGUGGUCUAUCCUGUGCUUUUCAACACAACAAAGCUUUUCACAUUCCAGAAAUUACAAAGGUGCUUAUAUAUUUAACUUGAACUGAAAAAAAAGUAUCAUGUUCUCCUAAGAACCUUACUUUAAAAUGUAAACAUCUUUCUAUGAAAUGUUUUAUAAUUAUUCAUACACUAGCGUUGUAUUCUUCACAGAACUUCCUUAUUCUUGUACUGUUCGCAAAUUUAUGUGAAAAUGACAUAAAUAAAAAUGUUUCAAAUGCUG